CCUCCACCAUGUCCUGGAAGCUUGGCGUAAAGAAGACGACAAAAGACACGAAGGAGAACGGUGCCUCCUCUCGCUCGGUCACCCCCAUCCCAUCUCGCUCCGUGACCCCCAAACCUCCAGAUGGUGCCGAGAACAACUUCCGCUCGGGUACCCUUACCAUUCGCAUAUUCUCUGGACGCGGCCUCGCGCUCCCUCCAGGGAUCCAAGUCCCCGAUGUGAUCCAGAAAGCACUCGACUCAGGUCCACCUGCCCGCCGAUCGACAAGCAACCGCGACAGUCUUCAGCGCAAACAGUACUGGUGGCUCCCCUACGUCGUCCUCGAGUUCGACAAAAACGAGAUCCUCGUCGAGGCCCUCGGCGGAGAUCUCUCCAAGCCAGAGUGGAACUACCGGGCGGAUUUCGAUGUGUCUCGUACGUCUAACGUCUCCGUCUCCGCCUACCUGCGCACUGCGCAGUCUCUGCGCGGCCAGGAGGACAUGGGCAACGAUAUCCUUAUGGCCCGUGUGGACCUCACCCCCGUUUUGGACGGCCAUCACGCGUCCGACCAGUGGUACAACGCGACCGCGGGCGUCGGCGCGUUCCACCUCAAGAUCGACUUCAAGCCGGCACGGCACGAGUCGCUGACGAUCGAGCAAUUCGACCUCCUCAAGGUCAUCGGCAAGGGCUCGUUCGGCAAGGUGAUGCAGGUCCGCAAGAAGGACACGCAGCGCAUAUACGCGCUCAAGACGAUCCGCAAGGCGAACAUCGCCUCCAGGCCGGGGGAGAUCACGCACAUUCUUGCAGAGCGCACCGUGCUCGCGCUCGUGAACAACCCGUUCAUCGUCCCGCUCAAGUUCUCGUUCCAGACGCCGGAUAAGCUGUACUUGGUCAUGUCUUUCGUCAACGGCGGAGAGCUCUUCUACCACUUGCAGCGUGAGGGCAAGUUCGAUGAGGGCCGGAGCCGGUUCUACGCCGCGGAACUCCUGUGCGCGCUUGAGCACCUGCACGGGUUCAACGUGGUCUACCGAGACUUGAAGCCCGAGAACAUUCUGCUCGAUUACACCGGGCAUAUCGCGCUAUGCGACUUCGGACUGUGCAAAUUGAACAUGUCGGAGACGGAGAAGACUAACACGUUCUGUGGUACACCGGAAUACAUUGCCCCAGAGCUCCUUAUGAACCAAGGCUACACGAAGACAGUCGAUUGGUGGACGCUCGGCGUCCUCCUGUACGAGAUGAUGACCGGUCUUCCGCCAUUCUACGACGAGGACGUGAACGUGAUGUACCAGCGCAUCCUGUCGGACUCGCUGCUGUUCCCACAGGACAUGCCGCAUGACGCGAUGACGCUGAUAACCGGCCUCCUGCAGCGGGACCCCGCAAAGCGACUGGGCGCGAACGGCGCCGAGGAGAUCAAGAGGCAUCCGUUCUUCUCGAAACAUAUCGACUGGAACAGAUUGAUUGCGAAGAAAAUCCAGCCCCCGUUCAAGCCCACUGUCGAAUCCGUGCUGGACACGGCUAACUUCGACGCGGAGUUCACCGGGGAGAAGGCGCAGGACUCGCACGUCGACGAUACGCCCCUUUCGGAGACGGUCCAGGACCAGUUCCGCGGUUUCACGUAUAACCCCGGGAACGAGUACCUCAGCGAGAGCGUCAGCUACCCCAGCGUUAUGGGCUGAGUCUUUCAGCACCGGCUUGUAGCGACCUUUCUGUACGCUCCCUCGCCUCCUCCUUUUCAGUUCGGCUUCUCCACCAGUACUCGGAUUCCGUGGGUUCAUGGACGUCUCCGCUUGACACUCUUUUGUGUCUCUCCAUAUUUAUUUGUGCAUAUCGCACUUGUGCUCCCUUUGGGACCUUCCUCUCGUUUACCCUCCCGCUGCAUCAACGUGUGGCCCUGCCAGCCGGCCCUUGAUACGCCGUGCUAUCAUUCUCAUCUCUUACUCUCAUCCUCCCUCUCACCGGAGCCAUGCUGUAGUUCGUUCCCUCCCCCCUUACAUUUUGUUGGAAUCAUAUCCCUGUCUGCUCGUCGUCACCCAUGACCCUCGUCUCCAUCCUCCUGGCAUUCGCAUCAUACACAUACAUACACAUGGACGCUACUCUCUGCCCUCGAACCGAAAUGUAUCGUUGGUCGUUCCCGUCCUCUCCUGUCCGUCUAAGCGUUCAGUCCUGUUAUCUUGCGUUGUUGUACUGUUGUGUAUUGCGAAUGUAACUCCC